GGCGGGGGGCGGGGCUUACAGCGGUCACUCAGUCAGUCUGCAGAGAGAGACAGAGACUCACAGCUGCUCUACACCGAGCCCGACACUCACCUGAGGCUUCACCUGAGCCCGACACCGUCUGCACGCACAGUCGAUCUGCAGGAGGAGGUGAGGGAGCAUGAAGAGGAGAGGGGAGCAGAGGGAGGACAGCGCCACGCUCAUCGCCCUGGAAACCAAACUGGAGGACAACUACGGCAGCAUCACCAAGAAUGCACCUGGUCAGCCUCAGGACAGGAACGUGUUCCGUGACGGAUUGACUCGAGUCGAUUUCGUGUUGGUGUGGGAGGAGCAUCGGAGCUCACAUAUGGACGAGGGUGCAGGUAAUCACCACCCGCACCAUGUGACGUGGAGGGAGGAGUUUCUGAGGAGGCUGAAACUGUCUGGACUGCUGCUGGAACAGAGGGAAGUCCUCCAGACAAAGAACAAGAUCUGUUUUGUCCUCCUCAGCGCUCCAUGGAAUGUCCUCUGUUAUUAUGCAGAGGAGAUCAGCCUGAGAGCCCCCCUGCAGGUGGUUACUGCUCCAAACAUCGACUGGUCUGAGCACAUCCUGUCCCAGCUGUCCCUCCCCAACCCCAUGGCCCAGGACGUCCCCAACCCUCCACCUGACUACUACACCUGUCAGUUCAAGACCAACAAACUGCACAGGUUUCUGGGCAGCGACAAUGAAGAGACGUUUUUCAAGACGACUCAGAGACACCAGGUGCUGUAUGAGAUUCUGGCCAGGACUCCAUAUGGUUCUGUGAAGCAGGGUGAGGUGGGAAUCGACCGACUGCUGACUGAACAGGUCUUAGCUGCUGCCUACCCACUGCAUGAGGGUGAUUUUGAGCUACCAACCCCCCCGGUGCCCCCUGAGUCUUUAAGUCUAAGACAGAUACUUUACAGGUACUGGGCCCAGUGGUCCUGCUGGAGACGCUACCAACCUCUGGACCACAUCAGGGAGUACUUUGGAGAGAAGAUAGCACUUUACUUUGCCUGGCUCGGUUUCUACACUGGUUGGCUGUUACCAGCGGCAGUUGUUGGGACUGUGAUCUUCCUGUUUGGGUUUUGGCUCAUGUCCACUGAUGUACCAGUGAAGGAGGUGUGUAACAGUGGAGGCACCUUUGUCAUGUGUCCUCUCUGUGACAUCUGCCCCGACUGGAACUACUCCAGCAUCUGUUUCUCCUACAAGGCAGGUAUCCUGUUUGAUAACGGAGGAACAGUGUUUUUCAGCAUCUUCAUGUCUCUGUGGGCUGUCACCUUCCUGGAGUACUGGAAGAGAACCAGUUCGGUUCUGACUCACCGCUGGGACUGCUCUGACUUCCAGGAAAUGGAGGAGCGACCUCGCCCCGAGUUCACAGCCAUGGCACCGAUGACCAUGAGGAACCCAGUGACUGGGGCAGAGGAACCUUACUUUCCUGAAAACAAACGAUUCAACAGAAUUUUGACUGGCUGCAUGGUCAUUAUUGUCAUGCUCACCGGGGUGUUCAUCUUCCUCAUCGCCAUCAUUCUGUAUCGCACCAUCAUCGGCAUCCUCAUCUACAAGUCUAACAGCAUCUUCAGCAAUUUAGCUGGGCGAGUAGCCAGUCUUACUGGAUCAGUAUUGAACUUGUUGGUCAUCCUCAUGUUGUCCAAGGUUUAUACUGCACUGGCCCACAUCCUCACCCGCUGGGAGAUGCAUCGAACGCAGACUAAAUAUGAAGACAUGUUUGUCCUCAAGGUUUUUAUCUUCCAGUUUGUCAACUUCUACUCGUCUCCAGUUUACAUCGCCUUCUUCAAAGGCAGGUUUGUUGGUUACCCUGGAAAGUACAACACUCUGUUUGGAGUUCGCAACGAAGAUUGUGGAGCAGGUGGAUGUCUUAUUGAACUGGCUCAGGAACUGCUGGUCAUCAUGGUGGGAAAACAGCUGAUCAAUAAUGCCCAGGAGUUCAUCAUCCCGAAGCUUAAAGUGUGGUGGCGGAAUAGGAGGCUGAGUCCACACCUGAAGGAAGUGAAGGAGGAGAAUGGCGAGAAGGCUCAGAGGGAGGAGCAGGUGGAGGAUGAGGAGAUCUUUCCCUGGGAAACAGACUACCAGCUGCUGGUCUGUGGAGGACUCUUUGAUGAGUACCUGGAGAUGGUGAUUCAGUUUGGUUUCAUCACCAUCUUUGUGGCGGCAUGUCCUCUCGCUCCCCUGUUUGCUCUCAUGAAUAACUGGAUUGAGAUUCGAUUGGAUGCUCAGAAGUUUGUGACUGAAUAUCGCCGCCCUGUGGUGGAGCGAGCUCAGGGCAUCGGCAUCUGGCUCCCCAUCCUCCAGUUCAUCACCCACAUGGCCGUCCUCAGCAACGCUUUCCUCAUCGCGUUCACCUCGUCCUUCCUGCCUCGUCAGUACUAUCGCUACACCAGAGACCGCACGUUGAGCGGCUUCGUCAACUUCACUCUGGCAACAUCACCGUACAACUACACCCAGCAACACCAUAACAUAUCCUGCAGGUAUCGAGGUCUCAGGGAUGAAAAUGGUGAAUACCUGCCAGAGUAUUUUCACCUCCUUGCCGUACGACUCAGUUUUGUCAUCAUCUUUGAGCAUGUGGUCUUCUUCAUUGGCCGUAUGAUCGACUUGAUGGUCCCUGACAUCCCAGAGGAGGUGGAGCUGAAGAUGAAGAGGGAGCACUACAUGGCUAAAGAGGCACUGGCUGAGAACCAGGUUGUGGGGAAAACCAUGAUUUCUAAUGAUGAUGAAGACCUUUCCAGCACCCUGAGAUACCGUGGAUCUAGAUCCUCCUCAUCACAGCGGGGAGACUCCCCUCCACCGAACCUGAAGGACAUCCCAGAGGAAACAAACUCUACUGACAAAAGCUCUAAUGAACUCUGUCCUCAAUGUCAUUCCACAACCUGAACGUCCACAACUAAACGACUAAACUUCUCCUUUUGCUCAACCUCCCUAACAGAUCUAUUAAACCUCUACACAUUCUACAAGAACUCUUAUUGAAUCUUUACAGGUCCUACAAGAACUUAGCAAGACCUACAAGAUGUAGAUCUACAAGACCACUGCCAGAUCGAACUUCAACACAUCCUACAAGAGUAUUACAAGAGGUUCAAAAGACCUACACGAUGUCUGUACAGCUACAAGGCCCUGCUAGACCUGUACAAGAUCUACAAACUACACAUUUGCAAAAGGACAGUAAGGUCCACAACAUCUACAAUAUCCGCAAGACCUCUGCAACUUUUACAAGAACGAUGUAGAUUUCUACAGGAUCUACAUCUGCUAGAACUCUUCAAGAUCUAUAAGAUACAAGAACUCGAAAAGAUGUCUGCAAGAUCUCUACACAAGAUUUACAGCAUCAGGAGAUUCAAAACCAGAUUCCAAUAUUUUUCAUACAUUUGUAGUUUUUCAUGUUAGAAUAUAUAUUGAUAAAUUAAAUCUAUAGUUAUUUUCUCAAAAAGGCCAAACGUAAGAUGUAAAUAAAUGUCUUAAAGGUGUUA